AUGGUUCGAAGUCGGAAAGUUCAGGCGGCUAGCGAAGCUGACGUGCGUCAGGAUAAGACGUUUAAUCGCUGUAGUGGAACACGGCUUAGGGUCCGUCGUGGUUCGAGUUUGACGGACUUAGAUAAGCUUCGAUGUAGUACUGGGUCCAGCGGAGGCGGGUCGAUAGGCGAUUUAAUGAACAUGUUUAGUGGUAGCGCCACAUCGAUCGGCAGUGAUAGCUUGGUUGCAAGAACUGUUCCUCUGGAGACUGUGCGUAGGAACAUACCACCAGUGUCGACUCCGCCUCCGCGCCCGCCGCCCUCUCCGCUUAUACACGUGUCUAGGCCUGUGGGACCGCUGACCAUGGCACAAAGGACUCUGCGGUUCAGUAGGCUGCUUAAGUAUCAGCCCUGUUCGACUGACGUUGCGAUUAUUUUGGUAAGAAAAUGA